CAUAAGCCUGAGCCCUGGAAGCAAAACGGGAUGAAGAAGCAAAUAGGGCAGUGACAGUGACAACAAGCGGUGACACCGGAGUCCGAGGGAGCCGGCACAAGAGUCCGAAGGAAGCCGAACCGAGCCGAGCCACCGGAAGCGCCGCCCACUGCGGUGACGUCACAGCAAAAACAAAGCUUCACGCGUUUCCGAGUUCACCGGAAGUGUCUGCUGUGGCUGUAAACAAACACGUCGGGGCCCAACGGGACACAUCGACACGGCCUGAAGAGCGAACGACUCUCCGCCUGGUUCCGAGCCCGUCUACACCGCUGAGCAUGGAGUCCUCGGCGGCGGGGCUCCUGCCCCCUCUCGGCCCCCAGGGUUGCGCCUCCACCGCCAGGCCGCAGCUCUGCCAUCGGCCCCCGCGUCCUCCCCCAGCGGCGGUGAUGGUGGAGUCGGUGGACGACGUGGAAGGUCUGUCGGUGGCAGUGGAGCGGUGCCCGCUCUGCAGCACCUCCCGGAGGAGGCUCACCUGCGCGCGCUGCAUCCAGGCCGGAGACUUCAUCCACCUGGACGGGAGGAACCCGGAGAGGUUCUCUGAGAAGAGCGAGCGACUGAGGAAGCUGAGGGAGGAGAACCAGCUGCUGCAGCAGAGGGUCCUGCAGGCUCUGGACCGGAAGCUCCAGGCCGACCAGGUGAAAUGGAAGAUCAUGUCGUGCAAGAUCAAGAUCGAGCAGCUGAAGGAGGCGGUCGCCCGCGGCAACGAGGAGGUGAAAAGUGAGCGGGAGCUGCUGCUGCGCUCGCAGGAGGACGGCCAGCGGCUGCAGCGCCGAGCGUCCCGCCACCAGCAGAAGCAGGAGAAGAUCGAGCGGCACAACCGGCGGCUGGGCGAGCUGAUGGAGCGGCGGCGCAGCGAGCUGCAGGAGCGGCUGGAGACCCUGGCGGCGCUGCGGAGGGAGCACAUCGCCGAGCUGACCCGACACAUCUUCCCCAUCCAGGAGGAGAAGCAGGGCAGCAGGGACGCCGACGCGGCGGUCGAGUGCGACCCCGCGCUGACCUCCAGCACGGUCAGCGAGCUGGCCGAGGCCCGUCGCACCACCUACCUGUCGGGCCGCUGGAUCUGGGACGACCAGAACGGCGAGACCAGCAUCAGCAUCACCGGGCCGCCCGUCACCUUGCCCAGCAACGGAGACUGCUCGGCCUACUACAGCUGGGUGGAGGAGAAGAGCGGCAGCCAGGGCCCAGAGCUGGACCACAUCAACCCGGCGCACACCGUCAGCGCCGCGCUCUGCUACGCCGCGCAGCUGCUCACCAUCCUGUCUCACAUCCUGGACGUCAACCUGCCCAAGAAGCUGUGCCACAGUGAGUUCUGCGGGGACAACCUGAGCCGCUACCGCUUCACCAGAGCGCUGAGCAAGCUCAACACCAAUGUGCUGCACCUGUGCUUCUCGCAGCAUGUGGACGGCGAGAAGCUCCACCCCCACCACACCCUCAGGAACAUCAUGUUCCUCAUCCUCCCUGACAACGCCGACCUGGGCAGGACGGGCCCCUUCCAGGUCAGCGCCGACUUGGAGGAGUCCAUGGAGUUCGUGGAGCCCGAGGCGGACGGGCCGGCGGAGGAGAGCGGCGAGGAGACGGUGACGGACGAGGAGACGGACCUGGGCACGGACUGGGAGACGGUGCCCAGUCCUCGCUUCUGCGACAUCCCGUCCCAGUCCAUGGACCUGUCCCAGAGCGCCCUGCAGGUGUCGCAGCCGGCCGCCAACGCCGGGGGCAUGAUCUCGUCGGCCGCCGCCUCCGUCACCUCCUGGUUCCGAGCCUACACGGGUCAGCGCUGAGCCAGGGCUCUCCAGGUGCUGGAUGGGACGCGGCUCCUCCGGUGUUUGCUGCUCUUUUAACCUUGAGGCUGCGGCCCGGUUGGCUCCAGCCUGUGGCGCGUGAGCGGAUCAGAGUGGGAUCAGGAGAUAAGUUUCUCUGGAAUGUGAGCUGGGCCUCCGACUCGCUGAUCUUUGUUUGAAUAAAGUCUGGACCGGCC